AUGCGCACGACCCACAUUAUUUUUGGUCGUCUGCGCUUGGGCUUGCGAGUUGCAAGAACAGUUGCGCAAGAACGGGGCGGACACUGCCUGGCAGAGGAGUACACAAAUAACGCUGCGCUUCUCCAGUGGCGGUGCGCAAAGAAGCAUGAGUGGAUGGCGAGUCUCAACAGUGUUAAAGAUCGUCAAACAUGGUGCCCUGAAUGCUUCCAUAACAAGCGGCGGCUAGAUAUCGGUGUUGCCCACCAGGUAGCUUCAUCAUUAAGUGGACAGUGUCUGUCAACAGAAUAUAGCAGUUCGGCCAGGAAGUUGCACUGGGUCUGCGCCAGUGGCCACGAGUGGUUUGCAACGCUCAAUUCUGUGAAGGAUAACAGCACGUGGUGCCCACAUUGUGCACAAACAUAUCGAUUGAGCCUGAGCGAGGCACAAUCAUGGGCAAUGGCACGUGGGGGGCGCUGCCUUUCUAAGAACUACACCAACGCUUCCACCAAAUUGCAGUGGCAGUGCGCAGAGGGGCAUCAGUGGCACGCUGGAUUUGGAGGUAUGAGAUGGUCUGGCUCAUGGUGUCCUCAAUGCGCAAAAGACCGGAUUCGGCUGGGGAUCCGUGUUGCUCAAGCUUUCGCUAGGGCACGCGGCGGAUUGUGUUUGUCUGAGCGGUAUUACAACAACCAGACGGCAUUGCGUUGGCAGUGCAAGUUGGGCCAUCAAUGGGAGGACUCAUUGAAAAGGCUUAAGCAGAGUGGCGCAUGGUGUCCGACUUGCCAUCCCAGACAUAAGCGCCUCGGCAUCGCGACAGCACGCACAGUAGCGCGAAAACAUGGUGGAUGGUGCCUAUCGGACCAGUAUGAGUCCCUUCGAACGCCCAUGCGCUGGCGAUGUGCAAACGGACACGAAUGGUCUGCCAGUCUUGAAGGUAUCCGAAAUCGUGGCACGUGGUGCCACAUAUGCGCUGGCACACGCUUGGAUAUCACAGUUGCCCAGAAUGAAGCAAGAAUGCGUGCAGGCUUUUGCUUAUCAGUUAGUUACAAGAACAGCCUGUCCCCUUUGGAAUGGGAAUGUUCAUUGGGACAUCGAUGGCAUGCUCCGCUGAGGAACAUAAGGCAUACGGGCACAUGGUGCCCACAGUGUGCGGCAGGGAAAAGCGAGCGAGAGGUCCGAGCCAUCUUCGAGACAAUUUUCUCUGGGCGCACGUUUGCGAAAUGCCGUCCCGAGUUUCUUGUUGGGGCACAGGGGAGACGGUUGGAGCUAGAUGGGUAUUGCCGUUAUUUGAACUUGGCGUUUGAAUACAAUGGCGAGCAGCAUUUUGAGGCGAAUAAUUUCUUCAAUCUCAAAGAGAAAGGGAAUUACGAGGCUCAAUUGGCCCGGGAUUGCUUGAAACGCAACCGUUGUGAAGGGCUUGGUUUGCGACUCGUAAUUGUGCCCUAUUGGGUUAAAGAUCGUUGGACCUUCAUCCGGUGUUCUUUGUUGCGCUGGUUUGCACUUUCUGACAUUUUUCCAGCGGGGCUAGCGGCAUAG